AACAUGGCAAAUAUUUUACAAUUUGGUGUUACGUGUUGGCACGUGAGCGUCACAUCGCGACAGUUCUCGCGAGAGCACGGCUCGUCGUGUGUGCUAAACUUUAGCCUGGAAGCUAGCAGGCAAGCAAGUCGUCUUCACUGUUUGUCCGUGUCCUCCAUCCACGAUGGAGGCCCUCGCAGCCGGAGAGGAAGCGGAGAGGCCGCAUCAUCGACCGUUCUUCAUCGGGGUCAGCGGAGGAACCGCCAGUGGCAAAUCGACAGUGUGCGCCAAGAUCAUGGAGCUGCUGGGCCAGAACAAAGUGGACCACCGGCAGAGGAAGGUGGCCAUCAUCAGCCAGGACUGCUUCUACAGGGUCCUUACUGCAGAACAGAAAGCCAAGGCCCUCAAGGGACAGUACAACUUUGACCACCCGGCCUUCGACAACGACUUAAUGUACAAAACCCUGAAGGACAUCGUGGAGGGGAGGGUGGUUCAAGUGCCAACGUAUGACUUUGUCACCCAUUCCAGGCUUGAGGAGAGGAUCACGGUUUACCCGGCAGACGUGGUCCUCUUUGAGGGCAUCCUCGUCUUCUACCCGCAGAGAGUGCGCGACAUGUUCCACAUGAAGCUCUUCGUGGACACGGACUCCGACGUCAGGUUGUCUCGCCGAGUCCUGCGAGACAUGAAUCGAGGGAGAGACCUGGAGCAGAUCCUCUCUCAGUACACCACGUUUGUCAAGCCGGCCUUUGAGGAGUUCUGCUUGCCUACUAAAAAGUAUGCUGAUGUCAUCAUUCCGAGAGGAGUUGACAACAUGGUGGCCAUCAACCUCAUCGUGCAACACAUCCAGGACAUUCUGAACGGCGACCUGUGCAAGUGGCAGCGUGGCUCCAUGAGCAGCCAGGGGCGGAGCUUGAAGCGGGCCAUCUCGGAGCAGUGUGAACUGCAGAACGGCACCGCCAACCCGUCGGGGAAGAGGGUCCUGCUGGAGCCGAGCAGUCGGCCCCACUAGUGGCUCGGCUCGUCAGCAAGUAUUUAACAGCUGGAAGUUAGUUACGUAAGCCGAGCGUUCCCGGCGUGGUUGCAACAUGCAUCCGUGGUGUCGUUUUUAUUAUGAAUGAUCAUAGAAAAAGCUUUUGCACUGGGAGUUAUUUUUAAUGUUUUUGUUGUUGUAUCAAUCCCUACAGUAUAUUUAAAUGACAUUAAAUUAAGACAUAACUGA